AUGGGGGCAGAAGCUAUUGAAGCAGGAAAUGUUCGUUUUGCUUCAUUAGUUGCACUCAGGCUCAAGGAUAUCCUAUCUGAUCAAGAAAAUGGUGACAAUCCAUUGGAUAGCCUUCCAAAUGCUGCAGGAGCUGUCACCAUAUGUGAAGUUCGCGCAUUUCACAGCCAACCAGGCAAUCCUGGAGGCAACGAAGGUCAUCAGGAGAUUCAUGUUAUCGAUUUUGACGUCAUGGAAGGAAUUCAAUGGCCUUCUUUGAUGGUUGACCUUGCUGCUAGAGAAGACGCAUCUCUUAGGAUAACUGCUAUUGCUGGUGACAAAAGAAGUUCAUGCAAUAUUCAACAAACAGGUUUUAGAUUACAAGAUUUCGCAAAUUCAAUCAAUCUUUCUUUCUCCUUUGACCAAGUUCUGGUAACGAAAGAAGAAGAUUUCGAAGAGAUCAAAGUAGGGCAUACCCUGAUAGCUAAUUGUAUGAUUAAUCAGCUUCAUAUGCCUUACAGAGAAAGCUCAUUGGUCAAAACAUUUUUCAACGGUUUGAGGAAACUGUCCCCAAAGAUAUUGGUUUUAGUCCAAGAAGAGUUAUUCAGCUUCUCUAAAGCUCCAUCUACAUCAUUUGCGGAGUUCUUUUGUGAGGCCUUAGAUCAUUACACAGCACUCUCUGAUUCACUCCGGAGUGGUUUUUGUGCAGGUUACAAAUUAGCAUUAAAGAUCAUAGAGAAGGAGUUCUUGAGAAUGAGAAUUUUGGAUAGUGUGAAACAUUUUCCUUGUGGGAUCAUGGGAAAUGAAAGUAACAUGUUGCCAGAUUAUCCUUCUAUGAAUGGAUUCAGGCCAAUUCCUACGAGUUCCUGUAAUGUUACUCAAGCAAAGCAUUUAAUCAGUUUGUUUAAUGGGGGUUACUGGGUGCAAAAUGAACAGUGCAAGUUAACAUUAUGUUGGAAAUCAAGACCUUUGACCACCGCUUCCAUUUGGGUGCCGACAGCAUCAAGCAACACUAGUCUUGCUAGGUCAACUUCUUUUUAA